AUGCUGCGCUUUGCUGCGUUCUCGGCUGCGGCUGUCGUUGCCGCCGAUCAGUGCUGUUUCAAGGACGGCGACGUCAUCUCGCUCCGAUCGGAUACCGGCAACUACAUUGGUCGCUGCAACAACUGCGUCGCGGGCGGCGCCUACAAGGACUCGGCCUUCGUGCACGUCAAGACGCCCGCCUCGUCGCCGUGGGCGCAGUGGACUGUCGUCAACACGGGCAACGGCAAGAUCGCUCUGCGCGCCGACUCGGGCAAGUACUUGUCUCGAUGCAACAACUGCGCGCCGGGGGCCGCGUACCCGGACGAAGCGUUUGUGCACGUGGACGACUGGACGACGGCGCCGUGGGCCCAGUGGACGUGCAAGGAGGCGGGCGACGGCAAGGUGGCGCUGCAAGCCGACACGGGCAAGUUCCUCGCGCGCUGCAACAACUGCGUCGCUGGCGCCUACGCUGACACCGCGAUGGUGCACGCUACCAGUAUCGGUGAUGGCAGCUGGGUGCAGUGGACUAUCGAGUCGGACGGCGCCUUUCGUGAGCACCGGUGCGCUGCCCCGACACGGCCCACGUCGACCGAGACUCCAAUCCCGAUCAGCCCGUGCACGGCAACACCUUCCCCGACGCCCGCGCCUACAACGGCGACGCCGCUACCAACAAUCGUUCCCACUGUAGUGCCUUGCACCGACACGCCGUCGCCUGCGACAGAGACACCAGCACCGACGACGCAAACACCAGCACCGACGACAGGAACACCUCGCCCUACAACCGACGCGCCGAUUCCGACCACGGCGACGCCAGUGCCCACGCCUUGCCGACUACCGAGACGCCUGUUUCGCCGGUGCCCUCGACUGCGACCGUGGAGCCCACGGUAA